AUGACAUUCGACACAAUCUACGAGAAGCAAGGCGACCCCACGUCCGCGACUGAGACUGCUGAAGUCGACGACGAUACGUCGGCCAGCGUCCGGUCUCGUCCGCGCAGUACAGUAUCGACCGAGUCUGAGUCUGUCUUGUCUCACAGUAACAGUAGCACAGACAAGACCCGAUACCGCCUACGCACUCCGAGCGUUUUCUUUCAAGAUUCUCGGUUCACCGUCGAAGGUGUAGAACAUGGCCGCAACAGCUUCAACAGCACGAGAUCACGCCCGCGCAACGGGGACGCGAGGCGGGUCGUCGCACUCGACCGUGACAACCCGGGAGGCUGGGUCAUCGAUCACCAUCGAGAUAACCUGAUUAUCGAGCUGGACGAGCCCCAGGUCGGGGUUUUCUCGUCGGCGUUCCAGGCCUUCUGGGGACGGGUUUGGGGGAUGAGAGGUGGCAGGAAAGAGACCCUGCUGCCGUCGUCGUCCGUCUCGUCAACUUCCACUGAUAAAAAGCGAUUUCAGAUCAACUUUGCCGAGGUCCAGCGGAUGAGAAUACGGAAACUACAGUGUGAACUGGUAAGGCAUGUCGUUGAGAUGCGGACGGACGGGUCAGAGUCGAGCGGCUGGGAGGAGACGCUCGAGAAGUAUAUCAAGGCCCUGCAGGACCACGAUUUCAUGGAGAACCGCAGCAACUCGAUCCGCGACCCCUUCCUCGCCACGGGCGAGUACGCCAUCGACAACUACGUCCUCAACCGCAACAUCGACCGGGACCUCGCCGAAGCUAAGGACAUGAGGAAAAUCAAAUCUCCCCGGCCGUGGGAGAGCCUCGACUCGGGUCGCGACCACGAGCCCAUCUGCGGCACGCGCACCGGCAACGUCGCCAGGACGUGGCUCCGCGGGUUCAAGGAGCGCGUCGUGCUCGCCGCCGCCGGGGGCGCCUUCCUCAUCGGCCCCAUGUGGCUGAUGGUGCUGAACAGGGGGCUCUACACGUCCCUCAUCUCGACGACGGCGUUCGUCGCGGCCUUCGGGUUGUUGAUGGCGUACUUCUUGGACGAGGGGAAGGAUAACCCUGCCGUCGCCGAGGAGGCCGAAGAUGGAUGCGAAUUAGACAUGAUCAGCCUUGCUUCAUCGACCGCAUCGUUGAGCGAAAGCAUUAUCGAAUAUCGCCGCAUCCACGGUCGAACGUACACUCAGAAAGUCGACUACUGGGGGCCGAAUGACGAGAGGCAGAACUUUGGACUCGACAUCAAGGUACUCGAUCUCGGCACUGGGACGGGAACUUGGGCGAUCGAUUUCGCCGACGAGUUCCCUUCCGCCGAGGUGAUCGGGGUUGACGUCUCACCCAUCCAACCAACUUGGACCCCUCCCAACUGUGUUUUCCAGAUGGACGACAUAGAGCAGCCAUGGACUUGGGAAGCAAAUCAUUUCGACUUCAUUCACAUACGCAACCUCGAAGGGUGCAUCGGGAAUUGGACAAAUCUCUACCGACAGGCUUUCCAAUGCUUAGCGCCCGGAGGCUACAUCGAAAUCAAAGAAUUCGACAUCGAAAUUCGGUCCCAGACGCAUUAUGAUUUGGGUGAUGAUCACCCAUUCAAAACGUAUUCCAAAACCCUUAUUGGGGCUGCCGAGAAGCUCGGCAAGGUAGGGGUCCAGUGUCGCGACCGUGGGAUAGCCAAAAGCCUUGAAGCAGCUGGCUUCGUCGGCAUCGUCGAAAAGAAGUGGGCGAUUCCUGUCGGACCCUGGGCUAAAGAUCCCGUUCUGAGAGAUGUCGGCACGGGAUCGUUGGAUUACCUCGACCAAUCCCUCGAGGGCUUCGUGACGUUUCUCCUGAAGGAAGUGAUGGGCUGGCAGGAUGCCGACGUCUUGGUAUUCGUCGCCCGGUUUCGCCAAGCUAUCAAGGACUACAGGCUCCAGCCGUUCUUCGACCUACAUCUCGUCUAUGCAAGGAAGCCGGAAGCUGUGAAGACGACGACCUGA